AUGGGUCUCCUACAUGGCCAGACCAUCGUGAUGAACGACUGCAUCAUCCGCGGGGACCUGGCCAACGUGCGGGUGGGCCGGCACUGCGUGGUGAAGAGCCGCAGCGUCAUCCGGCCCCCCUUCAAGAAGUUCAGCAAAGGGGUGGCAUUUUUCCCUCUGCACAUCGGGGAUCACGUCUUCAUAGAGGAGGAUUGUGUUGUCAACGCGGCCCAGAUCGGCUCCUACGUCCACAUCGGCAAGAACUGCGUCAUCGGCCGCAGGUGUGUUUUGAAGGACUGCUGCAAGAUCCUGGACAACACGGUGCUGCCCCCCGAGACCGUCGUGCCGCCCUUCACCGUCUUCUCGGGCUGCCCAGGACUCUUCUCUGGGGAACUCCCGGAAUGCACCCAGGAGCUCAUGAUUGAUGUUACAAAGAGCUAUUACCAGAAGUUCUUGCCACUCACUCAGGUGGCCUCUGCCAAGGUCUAAAACCAAGUUGCCACUGAAGAUCUCAAACCCUCAGCACUGUUAACAUCCCCUCAAUCUGGCCACUUUCUCCUCCUGUCCUCUGAAGCAUCCUCUGGCCGGGGCUCCCUGCUCCACCUCUGCUGGCUCUGGGAAGAUGGACUCUGGGUGG